AUGCCAAGAGAGCUGACCCAGAACAGAAUCCAAAAGAUCUGGGUUCCCACCAAGGAUGAAAGGCGAAAAGCUACUGGCGCCCCUCAUUUAGCCAACCCUCCCACCGUCAUUGUGAUGGUGGGUCUGCCGGCUCGGGGCAAGACGUACAUAUCCAAAAAACUCACCCGCUACCUCAACUGGACCGGCAUACCCACCAAAGUUUUCAAUGUCGGGGAGUACCGCCGGGAGGCCGUCAAGAACUACAGCUCCUACGACUUCUUCAACCCCGAUAACGAGUCCGCUUUCAAAAUCAGGCAGCAGUGUGCUUUAGCAGCGCUGAGAGAUGUCAAGUCCUACUUGAAGGAUGAAGGAGGCCAAUUAGCAGUGUUUGAUGCUACCAACACGACGAGAGAGAGGCGAGAGUUGAUCCUCAAGUUUGGCAAAGAGAACGGUUUCAAGAUAUUCUUCAUCGAGUCCGUGUGCGACGAUCCAAACGUCAUUGCGUCGAACAUCAUGGAAGUGAAGGUGUCCUGUCCAGACUACCGCGACUGCAACAAGACUGACGCCAUGACAGAUUUCCAAAAGAGGAUCGAAUGCUACAAAACUAGCUACGAACCUCUGGACCCAGAUCAGCACGACAGGGACCUCUCCUUCAUCAAGGUCAUAGACGUGGGCCGCCGCUUCCUUGUCAACCAGAUCCAGGAUCACAUUCAGAGUAAAAUCGUCUACUACUUGAUGAACAUUCAUGUCCAGCCGCGCACCAUCUACCUGUGUCGACACGGGGAGAGCACAGACAACCUGGAGGGGCGGCUGGGCGGCGACUCGGGCCUCUCGCUGCGCGGUCGGCAGUUUUCAUCCGCCCUGGCUCGGUUUGUGGAGGAGCAGCAGCUGAAGGACCUGAAAGUCUGGACCAGCCAGCUGCGCCGCUGCAUCCAGACCGCCGAGCACCUGAGAGUCCCGUACGAGCAGUGGAAGGCUCUCAAUGAGCUCGAUGCUGGGCUGUGUGAGGAGAUGACGUACGACGAAGUGAAGGAGAAGUUCCCUGAAGAGUUUGCACUUCGAGACGAGGAUAAAUACUACUACCGCUACCCAGCUGGAGAGUCCUACCAGGACCUGGUCCAGCGGGUGGAGCCUAUUAUCAUGGAGCUAGAGAGACAGGAGAACGUCUUGGUCGUGUGUCACCAGGCUGUCAUGCGCUGCCUGCUUGCGUACUUUUUAGACAAAAGUGCAGAUGAGAUGCCCUACCUGAAGUGUCCCCUCCACACGGUGCUGAAGCUCACCCCUGUGGCCUACGGGUGCAAGGUAGAGUCCAUCUCCUUGAACGUGGAGGCAGUGAACACCCACAGAGACCGACCUGAGGAGGUCAAGAGAGGUCCUGGUAUUCUGAUCAGGAGAAACAGUGUGACUCCACUGACCAGCCCAGAGUCGUACAUCAAGAAGCCUCGAAUUGAAAACCUGGACGAAGCUCCGAUCCAGGAGCUGCCAAACUCCGUGGCGUCGCUGGCCCUCUGCAGCACCCAGCACAUUCCCCUCACUCUGACUGGACCGAACUUGAGGAGCUCGUGUGGUUGCCAGGGCCUCCUGCAGUCCUAUUAGAGGAUGGACCAACAACUCUUGAGGCGAUGAACCGAAUAUAAAAUGAAACGAGAGGCAACAUUUCUGACCGUAAAAUAUCUGCAUCACAGACACGCCACUGUGCUUUUUAACGUAAUAUCAGAGCAAGACUCUUAACUUUGUCUUGAUGUCAGGAUGUUUGGAACUUUUGA